AUGACAAGCUCCUGGCUGGGAGGGCACCUUCUCACAGAACGUUACCGGAGCACCUGUCCCCCAGCAGGGGGCUGUCGCGGCCCCUCUCCCCGCUCCCAGCUCCCCGCGCUGGCGGCUGAGCCCUGAUGCCCCUUGGCGGGAGGACAGCAAGGGCGCCUCCCGGGUCUGCACCGCGGCUGCCGGUGGGUGGGCACGAGGGGGCGCGGGACACGCGGGACGCUCCGGGCGAGUCACGGGGCGCUCGGAGCGCUCAGCGUUCCCUGCAGGCGCCGCCGGAAGCCAGGGCGGGGCGCCCGCGUGGGAUGCGGUGAAGGGCGAGCGGCACGGCAGUGGCGAUGAGUGCCUCUGCGGCCACCGGGGUCUUCGUGCUGUCCCUCUCGGCCAUCCCGGUCACCUAUGUCUUCAACCAUCUGGCGGCCCAGCAAGACUCCUGGACAAUUGUAGGGGUUGCUGCCCUCAUCCUGCUUCUGGUAGCCCUGUUGGCUCAAGUGCUGGUCAAAAGAAAACUGCCCCGGGACCCGCUGUUCUAUGUGUUCGCAGUGUUUGGAUUUACCAGCGUGGUGAACCUCAUCAUAGGACUGGAGCAGGACGGGCUCAUUGACGGGUUCACGACACACUACCUGAGAGAGGGUGAACCGUAUCUGAACACUGCGCAUGGGCACAUGACCUGCUACUGGGACGGCUCUGUUCACUACCUGAUGUAUCUGGUGAUGGUGGCGGCCAUCGCGUGGGAGGAAAAUUAUAGAACCAUUGGCCUAUACUGGGUUGGAUCUAUUAUUAUGAGCAUUGUUGUUUUUGUGCCAGGAAACAUUGUAGGGAAGUAUGGAAUACGCACUUGUCCUGCUUUUUUCUUAAGCAUACCAUAUACUUGUCUUCCUGUCUGGGCUGGUUUCAGAAUCUAUAAUCAGCCAUCAGAAAAUUAUAAUUAUCCCGCAAAGGUCGUUCAAGAAGUCCAAGCGAAGGACCUGCUGAGAAGACCAUUUGAUUUAAUGUUGGUCAUAUGUCUCCUCCUGGCAACUGGAUUUAGCCUGUUUAGAGGCUUGAUUGCUUUGGACUGCCCAGCUGAGCUCUGCCGAGUUUAUGCGCAAUUUCAAGAGCCCUAUCUAAAGGAUCCUGCUGCUUAUCCGAAAAUCCAGAUGUUGGUGUAUCUCUUCUAUUCUGUCCCUUACUUUGUGGUUGCACUUUAUGGCUUAGUGGUGCCCAGAUGCUCCUGGAUGCUUGACAUAACCCUGAUACACGCUGGAGGUCUAGCUCAGGCUCAGUUUUCUCACAUCGGUGCUUCUCUUCAUGCUAGAACUGCUUAUGUGUACAGAGUCCCCGAAGAAGCGAAAAUCCUUUUUCUAGUAUUAAACAUAGCAUAUGGAGUUCUUCCUCAGCUCCUGGCCUAUCGUUGUAUCUACAAACCAGAGUUCUUCAUAAAAACAAAGGCAGAUGAAAAAGUUGAAUAAGAACAUUAUUUCAUGAUGUUCUUCUCUGGAUUAUUGACUUCUGUUAUCCUUGUACUGAUAUUUUGUCCCAUUCCACUCCCUUCCCAUACAGGCACACUUAAGAAUAUAUAAAUUCUUGUUUCCGCACUGUAUGUGUGAGCUGUAUAUGGUAUUGUGUGGGUAUAUUUUCUUUUUUUUUUUUUUUGAAUGAAUACUGAAGUUGAGAAACUGUUUAAAGAAAUAUUCAAAAUUGUUUAUGAAUAAACUUGACCAUCUAUCUCAAU